AUGGAGGACCAGGAUCAAAACGCCAAGGCUAUACAACGCUCUGAGCCAACUGUGCCAAUCCAACAGGACUUCCUCUUUGUCGAUGCUUCUGAAGCAAAGGCAUCUCGCCAAGGACGACGCAAUGCUCGCUCGUUUGUUAUGCAGAAGGCCAGAAGGGAGCGGCCAUGGUCAACGAGCAAGCAAGCUGCAAAACAACGAGCGCAAGGAAGUGCGAGUCCGCGAAGUGCCGGUACACCCCCGGCACCAUCAACUCCAAACACAACUACUCCAAGUCCUACCCUGGAGUCCGGCCAACAAGGCUAUUUUCCUAUGUUCGAGCAAACCAGAGCUGGCGUGGGUGAGCGACGCAUCUGUUCGAAUUGCGGCAUCUUUGUAGUCCGCCACGGCCAGACACUCUGUCCCAAGUGCAUCUUGCUCACACCUACCGUGUCCGUAAGGGAGCCUAACAAAGGCAUGCUCGAUCCGUUUGGCACGUCUUGUGUCAAAAUCACCAAGGAUGUAUCGGAGCUUCUUGAUCAUUUCGUCCAUGAGAUGGCCCCUGGCAUAAUCGGUGUUGACAUUCGCCGAAGGUCAACCCUGAUGAAGUCAGAAUGGUUUGAUACGGCACUGAGUAACAGAGGUUUCAUGCACAGUUUGCUUAGUACAAUUGCUCUGCACAUGUUCGUCUUUGGGAAGGGUACCGUCAAGACGAUCCUUGAUCAUCGCGCAAAGGCCAUCUCAGCGGUGAACAAGGCGUUAUCGGCACAAGAUCGUGCUGUUCGCUUCUCAGACGCGAAUCUUGGUGCUGUGUUCAACCUUCUGACGGUUGAAGAAGGUUUGAUGAUGCCUCAGUUCAGAGGGAAAGCAACGCGCGACGAGCAGCCGAAUGCAACGGCAAUGCACCUGAACGGCUUGCGAGAGAUGUUACAUCUGCGGGGUGGCCUAGGUGCUGUUGGCACAAAUCGUAUAUUACAGGCCUUUAUACUUUGGCAUACUACAGCACACGCUAUAGCCGCUUUUGCAGCUCCUAACCCCACAACAUUACAAUACAUUCGCACCGCAAACUUCCCUCAUCAUCCACGAGGUUAUGUUCCGAACUUCUCACAACAUCUCAUCGGUCUGUGCCGGUAUGCAGGUCUGACAGAGUCUCUUGUCGAGUUGCUUGAGUCUGUGCUAAUACUUGCCGCUGAUCUGAACGCCUGGUAUGAUGAAACAGAGAGCCCGCUCGACGCGCUCGACAUCCAAAAUUACUCAUGCGUGCUGGAGUGCUUGUUGCUCGCAUGGAUGAGCGAAAGAGAGCCUCUCAUCACACCGCUUGAAGGCGCACUUUGUGUUGCAUUGAUCAUUUUCACCGUACGAACAACUGAAGCACUAAAGAGACCUUCAGACGUUCAUCAACUCCACUUCAUCGCAAGCAAGCGGCUCGAAAGCGCCCUGAAUUGCACGACGCGCGUCGAGUGGCAAUCGUGUCCAGACUUGCUUCUUUGGAUCCUAUCUGUCGGUGGUAUCUCGGCAGAAGGAUCAGCAGAGAGCGCAUGGUUUGUCCAUCAGUCCUCCCUUGCGUGCGCAGAGUUCAACAUCGACUCUGCCGAUGCAUUACUUGACAGACUAAGUCUUUGUGGCUGGGUCAACUACAAGCUGGACGAGUCCGUCUGUCAUCUGUGGGACAGAAUAGUUCACCUCAGACUUGAACCAUACCUUAACGCGCACUCUCCAAGUAUCGAUAACGCGAGCAGCCCUCCGGGGCCCUUACAAAACAGCCUUAAAGAGAACGAGCUUAUAGAUUGGCAGACAAUCGAUUGGGCAGCCGUCAUCUCAGCCACGCCUGCACAAGAGGCGGAUAUGAGCAAUGAAGGAGAUGCCAAGUGCUUCUUUGCUGACCUGACUAUCGACCAGUCCGGGAGGGCAGUGAACGAGUUGAUGUGCAAGUAUAUGUCGCUCAUCAUCAGGGUCGCGAAUCUUGAUGCCCCCGAGAAUCGACGACCGAAGCUGAGGGACCGAAACGAUUCUGGGAACGGGUAGACUGCGGCAAAGA